AUGUCAAAUAUAUCUCAGGAGCUACAAGACUUAGUACGAAUCAGAAGAGAAAGUGGACUACAAGCCGUAUCUGAGGCGUUGGCCGAGUUGCUUCCCAAUUCAUACCCAUCAACGACAUUGCCUCCAUCAACGGCAUUGCCUCUAUCAACAGCCCGACCUCCAUUAACAAGAUUGCCUCCAUCAACGGCCCGACCAGCACCAGCGACCCGACCUCCACUAAUAACAUUGCCUCCAUCAACGGCAUUGCCUCUAUCAACAACAUUGCCUCCAUCAACGGCAUUGCCUCCAUCAACAACAUUGCCUCCAUCAACGGCAUUGCCUCCAUCAACAACAUUGCCUCCAUCAACGGCCCGACCUCUACCAGCGACCCGACCUCCACCAACAAGAUUGCCUCCAUCAACGGCCCGAUCACCGUCAGCACAACCUGCUGAUUGCCCAAUCUGUGGUAAACGCAUCGCGCAGCGCCGUAACUUGAAAAGACACAUGCUAAUUCAUGAGCGUUGA